CGGGGGCCCCCCCCAACGGGGCCCUCCCGGGGGCUGCUGCUCUCGAGGCGGAUGAAAUGAGUGAAGUGUCGCAAGUGGAGGAGGGGGAAGUUGACGAGGAGGGCCCCGCGCUCCAGGCGCUGCAGCAAACUUCCCUGGGCCAGCUGCAGGGCUUGCCUGCGGCUUUCCCGCCGCAGGCUGCUGCUGCUGCUGCUGCUGCUGCUGCUGCUGCUGCUGCUGUGGGCAAGCCGGCGCCCGCGUUGGCGGCUGCUGCAGAGCCCGCGCAGCACGUUGCGCAGGGCCCGCAGCCGGUUGCGCCCCCGCUGCAGCAGCAGCAGCAGCAGCAGCAGCCGCCGGCAGCAGCGCCGAGCACUGUCCGGCGGGACCCCCGGCUGGCCGCGAGGGCGCGGGCUGAAACGAGUGCGCAGCGGCAGCAGCAGCAGCAGCAGCAGCAGCAGCAGCAGGAGGCGGCAGCGCAGCCGCUGCCGGCCGAAGCGGCGGAGCCGCCGCCGCCGCAGCCCGCGCCGCAGGAGCCCCAAGAGAGCCCCUGCCCGCAGCAGCAGCAGCAGCAGCAGCAGCAGCAGCAGCAGGCGAAGUGGGAGCCGAGCGCGCUGCCGCCGCAGCUGCAGCGGCAGCCGCUGCUGUCGGGGAAGCUGCCGCUGCUGCUGGACCUCGACAACACGCUGCUGCACGCGCAAGCCGUGGGAGUGGCCGGCUACAACAUCGCCCUCGAAGACUGGCUGGACGAAGACGGACUGCCGGAAGUGUACAAGUUCGAAUUGCCCUGCAACAGGAAAGUGUACUACUUGAAGCUGCGGCCGGGGCUGCGGCGCUUUCUGAAGGCGCUGGCCCCCGUUUUCGAACUCAGCAUUUACACCAACGCCACGCAGGAGUACGCGGACUUGGUGGUGGCCAUUCUCGACCCCGACAGGUCUCUUUUCGGCGACCGCAUUGUUGCGCGGGAGUCGUCGGGAAGAGGAGAACAGACGGAAAACAAAACGGUGCGGUGUCUGUACGGGGACCUGGACCGCCGGUGUGUUGUUGCUUUUGAUGACCGGCAGAACAUUUGGACGGAUCUGCCCGUUUCGCACGUGGUGAAGGCGCAGCACUACGAUUUCUUUGACUCGUCGAGGCCUGAGUUGCUAGCCCACUACCCUCACUUGCCCUUAGAGGAAACGUUAGCCGCAAUAGCUGAAAACCCGAGGCAAAGGGCCACGGCUCUAGACAGGCCUUCACCGGUCCCAGCUGCAAUGAAACACUUGAACAGACCUUAUGAUUGGGACAGACACAUGCAGCACAUGAUUAAUAUAUUCCUAAAGGUCCACCAGGAAUUCUUCAAGGAUCCUUGGAACGCCAACGUUGGCACAAUUAUAAGCGGCUUUCAGUCACGCGUGCUAGCCGGUGUUGGCUUGUUCCUGACAGGCUACAGGAAGUCCUUUGCACCCGGCAGUUUGGUAGCUGACUGUGAAGAGAGGCAAGCCGAGCUGGCCCAGCGUUUGGGGCGAACGGUGUACAGACGCUUCGACGAGCCCGGCGUGACUCAUGUGAUGGCAGGAAAGAGCAACACUAAUAACAUGCUGGCACUCAAGGAAAGGUCGUUUCAACACUUGAAGAAGGUGCACACCUUGUGGCUGUUCGCGUGCGAGUCGAUGUGGGCCAAAGCCCCAGAGUCGUGCUUCGAUGCGGAUACUCUUUGUGCCUUGUACGACAACCAGCCACCCUGUGCGCCCUUCAAGGACCACUGGAUGCACUUGGCAGAGUUCGUGCCGCCGCCUGCAGCGCCGCCUGCGCAGCCGCUGCCGCUGCAGGACAGGCUGCCAGUGCGGGAGUUUCUGGGCACAGGCCCGUACAGUGACGGGGCCAGUCUGAUCUCUCCGUUCGAAGAAACCAUUUUUCUUUGGAGGCCGGAGAAGCAGCCCAUUCGGCAGCUGUAUUCCAAGGCCUCCUCCACUCAGCACCCCCCCCCGACACUAGCGGCCGGCUCGCCGCAUCCGCAGCAGCAGCUGCAGCAGCAGCUGCAGCAGCAGCUGCUGCCCCUGCGGCCGGAAGGCCAGAACGUGGGCCAGGAACGCGAAGAAAUGCCAGCCCGAAGCGGCCGCCAAGAGGCAGAGGUAGUGCCCUUCUGCAACUUUCAGGUGUAUGCCGUGUGA